UAUAAUAGGCUACAUUUAUAAGAAAUGAUCUUGAUUGAUUUUGAUUAAAUAGCCUCUUUUUUCGAGAGACGUUUGGAUAAGGGUUUCUAUUUUUCUUUUCCUUUUUAAUUUUCUUUUGUUCGCGGAUGCUUGCCCAUUAAACAGUUGCUGUUGUCUUUGUGGAAAAACGGUGUACUUGACCCCACACGAUAAGCUCAAUCUAAUAUAUAGCCACACCCACUUACCAUGACGUCAUAUUGUUAUUGCUUCAGUGUGUUUCUCGACAUCUAAAAAAACUGAACGGUGUAGUAGCCUAAACGAGAAUUAAAUGCGUUUGUAUUGUGCACACCUCAACUUCCCUACAUUAUCUUCGCCCACAUCGUGAUCUUGGUGCUUCUAUACAGACGUUGGCUCUGAAAAUCACAGAUCUGUCUUCAACAUGUCUGGACCAGGCUACCCAUCUCCACACCAGCCUCCAUAUCCCAUGCCCCAGCCAGGCGGACACUCCAUGGCCCCCUAUCCAGUUGGAGGUUAUGGAGAUCCUGGACAUGCGGCUCCACCUGCAGGGUUUCAAGUAGGAUACCAGCCAGUUCCAGAUCAGCCAGUCAUGUAUCAGCCUGGUCCAGUUAGUCCAGCAUCUCACCAGGGCCAGCCAUAUGGAGCACCUGUACCUGGACCAGUGUCACUGCCUGCUGGAGUACCACCUGGUCUGGAGUACCUCACUCAGAUUGACCAGAUCCUUAUUCAUCAGAAAGUGGAGUUGUUAGAGGCAAUCAUUGGCUUUGAGACCAACAACCAGUAUGAGAUCAAGAACAGCCUCGGUCAAAAGAUCUACUCUGCCAAAGAAAAAAAUGACUGCUGCACACGCAACUGCUGUGGUGCCCUGCGCAGCUUUGACAUGAAGAUCAAAGACAACGCUGACCGAGAGGUCAUACGACUGAUCCGACCUUUCCGUUGUGUCUCCUGUUGGUGCCCCUGCUGUCUGCAAGAGAUGGAGGUACAGGCCCCCCCAGGAACGACCGUAGGGUAUGUGAAGCAGGACUGGCACCCCUGUUAUCCAAAAUUCUCCAUCCAGGGGCCCAACAAGGAGACUGUGAUGAAGCUGGAGGGGCCCUGCUUGGCAUGUAACUGCUGUGGUGAUGUGAACUUCGAGCUCAAAGGCAAAGACGGUAGUGGGAAGCCUAUUGGCCGAAUCAGUAAGCAGUGGAGCGGCCUGUUAAAGGAAGUCUUCACUGACACUGACAACUUUGGCAUUCAGUUCCCUCUGGACAUGGAUGUUAAGAUGAAGGCUGUACUUUUGGGCACUUGCUUCCUUAUUGAUUUCAUGUUCUUUGAAAAAGUUGGAGACAUGAACCAGCGCAAUACUGUGUUCUCUUAAAGUUCCUGAUAAGUUACUUAUAAAGUAACAUAUUUUCAACUGUCAGUUAGCAAAUUUUCAAGCCUUUUUUUUUUAUACUGAUGAAAUUUCCACACUCAGUGGAUGGCCUCUGAGUCUUUCUUUAUUUCCUAUGUUUUGUUAGGUAACCAAAGCUUAUAGACAGCUGCCACUGCAGUGAAACUGAGGGACAUGUUCACGGUCAUUUCAAAGUGUUCACAUGACCAGCAAUAUGUACAAUGACAGCUGAGGAAUCAUGAGUUACAGUUCACUGGUGCCUUUUAAACACUCAUAGAAUAAUUACAAACUACUGUUACAGUACAAGCAGCUAACAUUUGUAUGUUUUUGUUAACUUUUUAACUAACUUUUUUUAUUAUAAAUAAACCUUAUGCAUGUUAUUUUAGACUUAAAUACAUAAUACAUCUCAUACAUAAAGUAUAUUUUUCUGUCUUUAAAAAGGACAUUUAAUUUUACUGAAUUGCAAGGCAUUUUCAUCAAAAUGUACACGAAUGUUUCUACAGCCAAAUAAUGCAUGAUGAAGGGGGCGGCACAACUAGCAAGUUAUUGACUUGAGGAAAAAAAACAAGCAAGUAGUUGCAUGGUUUUCUGUGUGGACAGAAUUUUUAUUGACUAGUAGGUUUUUUUUUUUUCAGUGCGUUAAGAAAUAAUGUCCUACAGGUGGCGCUUUGUAGCUUGGAAAAGCCAGCUACCCAUUGAGUCACACUCAAAUCUUAGGAUGAUCUUAAAAUAUUUGCCAAUUAAAUAAAUGAGUAGCAUGAAAUACAAAUGAAAAUUCAGAAAAUUAUUCUAAAAGCUAAUAAGUAAAAACUCAAUUAUUUGUCAUUACAUACCACAUGGCAAUGUUUUUGUUGUAGUUGGCUAUAUAGAGACUAGCCUUGUAUCAAUAUAGGUAUAUAUUAAAUUUAUAUAACAGUAUAAAAGGCAGACUGAGGAGUGUUUAACAUCUGUGUUUUGGUCACUAUGUACCUUGGAGGUGUGUUCAUGCCAUGUUGUAAUUACCAUACCAUUACGAGGUUUCAGCUUGUAAAAAGCAUUCACUUCCUCGUAGAGCUCGUAAUUACAGCUUGUAAGAUGUGAAUUUUCGGAGAGCUCCGACUUGUACCAAGUGACCGCUGUACCACCUGACCACUACAGGUUCAUUUAGGCAUUGAUAGUGUUGCCAGAGAAACACUGCAAAUUAAAGUUGUUCCCUAAAGUAAGUACCACUUACAGAGUGAAUUGUAACCAAAAUUUAAACUGAUGUCUUACUAUUUUGAACACAAAUUGUCAUGAGAGCUAAUUAUUAAUUGGUUAAACUGACAACUCCCCGGUCUACCCAUGCCUAACACACAUUAUGUAUACAUACACACACAUACGUCUUCUUGUCUAUGUGUUUGUAUUUAUUUCUAUAAUAUGCAAUAUAAUGUGUAACAUUAUACAUAAUAAACAUACAAUAUUA